CGCCUCCCCGCCCAGUAGGAUCCAACAUCCCGCGCAGUCCCAAUACCUCUAUUCCUGACACUCCCACCGGUCUCUCCUCGCUCCUGGGCAGCGGUGCCCACAACUGGGGUACGUGUCUAGCUUUGGGAGCUGCUCCCACAAACAGGCAUCGGGUUAUCCACUCCCGCGCCCAGGAAACGCCCUCUCUGGCUUCCGGAGUUUGGCCAACAAACACCACAGUACUUUUGAGAGUGUGCAGGCCUGCAAAGAUCAUCGUGAGGGACAUUCCACGUCUUGUUUUUAUGAAAUUCACUGACAGGAUAAAAUACUUCAAAAUUCAUUGUCCUUAAGGUUCACUGUCAUGGAUGCUCUAUCAGAAGCAAAUGGGACCUUCGCAUUACACCUUUUGAAAAAGCUAGGGGAAAACAACUCGAACAACAUAUUUUUUUCACCCCUGAGCAUAUCAUCAGCCUUGGCCAUGGUCUUCAUGGGGGCAAAGGGAAACACCGCAGCUCAGAUGUCUCAGGCACUUUCUUUUAGUAAAAUUGGAGGUGAAGAUGUAGAUAUUCACCAAGGUUUUCAGUCACUUCUUGCUGAAAUUAACAGAACUGACACUCAGUAUUUGCUUAGAACUGCUAACAGGCUCUUUGGAGAAAAGUCUUAUGACUUCCACACAUCUUUUACAGAUUCCUGUGGCAAAUUCUACCAGGCAAAGCUAAAACAGCUUGAUUUUCUGAAUGAUACAGAGACGUCCAGAGCACACAUCAACACCUGGAUUGCUGAAAAAACCGAAGGUAGAAUUACAGAGAUGCUCUCUCCAGAUUCAGUUGAUUCAUGGACUAAGAUGAUUCUUGUGAAUGCCAUCUACUUCAAAGGAAACUGGGAGAGUCAGUUUGUGAAAGACGGGACCAGGAAAAUGCCUUUUAAAAUUAGCAAGAACAAAGAAAAACCUGUGCAAAUGAUGUUUAAGGAAUCCGCUUUUAAAAUGACCUAUGUAAGGAAAAUAUCCAGCCAAAUUCUAGUGCUUCCCUAUGUUGAACAGGAGUUGAAUAUGAUCAUCAUACUUCCCAGUGAAAACGCUGAUUUGAAAAUGGUUGAGAAAAAACUUUCUUAUGAGAGAUUCAUAGAAUGGACAAAGCCAGAAAAGAUGGAAGCACGAGAGAUGGAAGUUUUAUUUCCUAGAUUUAAACUGGAGGAAUCUUACAACAUGGCAGAUGUCCUUCGCAGUAUGGGCAUGGUCGACGCCUUUGAACAGGACAGGGCAGACUUCUCAGGAAUGUCGUCUAAGAAGGAUCUGUACUUGUCCAGGGUCAUGCACAAGUCCUUUGUGGAGGUCAAUGAGGAAGGUACAGAAGCGGCAGCAGCUGCGGAAGACGAAAUGGUUUACUGUUGCGCCAGUUACCGCCCCAGGUUCUGUGCAGACCAUCCCUUCCUCUUCUUUAUCCAGCACGUCAAAACCAAUAGUAUUCUCUUCUGUGGCCGAUUUGCCUCUCCAGAAGACCAUAGGUAGUCAUUGGAUAUAGCCCUUCUCUUUCCUCUCAGUGAUCUACAUUUCCUUUACUCUUUCAAGUGUGCCUGUGACCCAAAGUGACUUUAUUAUUGCAGCAGUCAAAAAUGAGAUAUUAGGAAGCUAAUUUGGAAAUUCCUCGUUGAGAACUCUUGUGUGUGUUUGCAUGUUGAAUGUUUUCUAGGGUCUUUAUUUGAUAGUCUCUGAGAAUUUUGUGGUCACUUUGCAGGUAGUAUCUACAACCACUCAGUCAAACCCCUCUGUUUGAAAUGAGGUAUUACCCACCUCCACUCCUCCACCAACACAUUCCAACUGUCAGAGCUAUUUGCCGUCCCCUCAUUUUGUGUAUGGUGACACCCUCACAGUCUGCUAUGCUUCUGUUUUCUUAAGUACAAGAAGAUAUAUGUUGUUUUCUGUCUUCUCUGUUCAAUAGUAUUGACAUAUAUGGACCCAUUUUUAAUGAAACGGUAGAAAACGAAAUGGAGAGUGUGGAGGAAGUAUAGUGAGCAGGACUCAGAAUUAUCAGAAGCAGUCCAGCAUGGUGGCUCACACCUGUAACCAACACUUUGGGAGGCUGAGGUGGGCAAAUCACUUGAGGCCAGGAGUUUGAGACUAGCUUGGCCAAACAUGGUGAAAGCCCAUCUCUACUAAAAAUACAAAAAGUAGCUGGGCAUGGUGGCGUAUGCUUGUAGUCCUAGCAACCUGGGAGGCUAAGAAGGCAGGAGAAUUGCUUGAAGCUGGGAGGCGGAGGCUCCAGUGAGCCGAGAUCAUGCCACUGCACUCUAGCCUGAGUGACAGAACAUUCUGUCUCAAAAAAAAAAAAAAAAAAAGAGAUGUUCAGAAUCGACUUCUAUUCCAGAAUUUUACCAGCUCUUCAGAAGCUGGCACAGAGGGUGAGAGAGGAGUUAACUGAGACCAGUGAAAAUUCAGCCCUAUUUCCCAGGUGUUUCUUACACCCCUCUCUCUCUCUCUUUCUCUCUCCCUCCCUCCCUCCCUCCCUCCCUCUCUCUCUCUCUCUCUCUCUCUCUUUCUUUCUUCUUUCUUUUUGAGAUGGAGUUUCACUCCUGUUGCCCAGGCUGGAGUGCAAUGGCACAAUCUUGGCUCACCGCAAACUUCGCCUCCCAGAUUCAAGCGAUUCUCCUGCCUCUCCUCCCGAGUAGUUGGGAUCAUAGGCAUAGGCCACCAUGCUGGGCUAAUUUUGUAUUUUUAGUAGAGACAGAAUUUCUCCAUUUUGGUUAGGCUGGUCUUAAACUCCUGACCUCAGGUGAUCUGCCUGCCUCAGUCUCUCAAAGUGCUGGGAUUACAGGCAUGAGCCACCCCACCCGGCUUUCUGUUUUAUUCAUAGUUUGCAUUCACAGGGAUCAGUGGGUCACAAGCCUAUUCAAAUGUAUAACCAUCCACUUCCUCUGAAAAUUUACACUUGCUACCAGGAGGCAGAGAUGAUUAGAUAUGUUCUAUUCAUGGUAAUGUAGUUUGAGACAGCUUCAUGGGUACACAUCACAUGGCUUUCUAUAUUAUUUAAAAUAUGUUUUGAAAAGCAAGCUAAGCUUUUUGUGGUCAUUUGCGUUACAGGCUUAAAAUGCAACUGUUGUGAUGAGUGAUAAGGGAACACACUGAUGAGUUAGAUUGAAGAGGGAGAGUUACAUUGUUUUCUAGGGCACAGCUAAAAAGAUUUAUUCCAUCAACCCCCUUGCAGCCAGAAAGACCCUGAGCCCUCAGAACUUCACAACCCAUAUUUUCAUUCCAUAACUGGCCCACUUUCCCCUCUGUACCCAAGCCAGCUACUUAGCUUCAGGGAGAGAACGGAACUGGGGAUUACAAGGAAGCAUCCACGUUGUAUGUGUGCUGAGAGUGGAAAGAGAGAGUCUCAGAGGUUGCUGUUACUCUCAUUUCUCUUCCUCCUCUGCCCAACACUUGGACUUGAAAAGAAAACAGGAAGGUGGGGAGUAAACAGUCCAUGUGAUUCUUCCACUGCAGGGAGAGCCUCUGAGUGUUACAGACAGGGGCAGCUGGGUGGCGCCCUGUUCCUCAGGGAAAGACACGCCUCUUGGCACUGCCUUGAGGAUAGUCCAGUCAAGUGGAGUAAGAGUUGGGAAUGGGGACUAUAAAUGGAGAAGCCUCUAACUAUCCAAGCAGGAGGGUGUUUCUUUUUCCUCUUUCCUGGAAUGAGGAUAAUCAAAUCAUAUUAAUAGUGAAUUACAAAAUGAAUGAUAAUGGUUUUAUCUGUAAUAGAAAUAUAAUGUAAUCAGACUUUAGCCAUGUAAAUCAUAAAUCAUAGAGAAAAACAAUAUGCAUAUUGUUCCUAGAGGAAUGAAUAUGAAUGUUUGUCUGUUGUAUCUGAAGGGUUAUCACUCAAUAUUUUAAUUCUAUCUUGUAAGGCCUGAAAUCCCUGUGCCGCUUGACAUCUGUGGGCUUCUCAGUUUCUCAGAGGCCUGGCCAUGUGGUCCCCUACUCUUGUUAGAUAUGUGUACUCUAUUCACCCACUGAGCAGGAAGGCUCCUCACCCUUCUUAGCUCCCGGAUCAGCCAGUCAGCUGUACCCCAUCUGGGUCUCAACCUGGCUCAUUCCCUACCAGCCUAGAAAAUUAUUCAAACAAGCCUGUCACACCUGGAGGAGCCUGGGUUCAUCUCUUCCUCUUGUAGUACAAAGCCUGCCUCCCACAGCCCCUGCUGGUUCACUCUGUUCCCAAAUGCAGCUCUCCUGUGUCCCUGUAGGGCAUGUGGUGUCCUCCCUCCCUGGAUUGUGAGCAGAUAGGCCUAAUAAACUGCUGGCAAUUUCAUUGUCCUUGU